AACGACAAAGACCUUGUUUCUUUCUCCAUUUCAAGCUUCAUCCCAGAACUCAACCAUCAACCAAAAUCGCCGCCGCUUCAGAGCAUCAAUCCACAGGCUGGAAUGGCUGCAGCAGAUGGUAUGCUUGGAAAUGGUUGUGCGCUGUUGGGAAACACAAAACAUAUGGCUCUUUCAUUAACCGAGACAGCAGCACGCCAGUUUGUUACUAGAUUUUUUAGACAUUUUAUAUCUGUUGGGUGUUUAAUUUUAUUAGAAGAAGGAGGCACAAUGUUUACCUUUGAGGGAAGCAGAAAGGACUGUUCUCUAAGAUCCAUUCUUAAAGUUCACAGUCCUCAGUUUUACUGGAAAGUAAUGACACAGGCUGAUUUAGGCAUUGCAGAUGCAUAUAUCAAUGGCGAUUUUUCUUUCGAUGAUAAAGACCGAGAUCUUUUUAAUCUUUUUAUGCUUCUCAUUGCCAACGUAGAAUCAAAUGCCUCAAAAUCAAACAAGAAAAGGCGAUGGUGGCAACCGUUGUUAUUCACAGCCACUAUAGCCACAGCCAAAUAUUGUUUUCAGCAUUUUUUAAGGCAAAAUAGUCUUACACAGGCUCGAAGGAACAUAUCUCGUCAUUAUGAUCUGAGUAAUGAACUAUUUUCACUGUUCUUGGGCGAAACAAUGAUGUAUUCCACAGCAAUAUUUAAGACAGAAGAUGAGGAACUGAAGACUGCACAGCUUAGGAAAAUCUCUAUUCUAAUUGAAAAGGCUAGAAUCGAUGAGAAACAUGAGGUUCUAGAUAUUGGUUGUGGUUGGGGAACCUUUGCUAUUGAAGUAGUCAAACAAACGGGUUGCAGAUACACUGGCAUCACUCUAUCUGACGAACAACUUAAAUUUGCUGAAAAGAAAGUGAAAGAUGCUGGACUUCAGGAGCGGAUCAACUUCCUUCUGUGUGACUACCGCCAAUUGCCUUCUGACCACAAAUAUGACAGAAUCAUAUCUUGUGAGAUGAUAGAACACGUUGGCCAUGAAUUUGUGGAUGAGUUCUUUUCCUGCUGUGAGUCUGUACUGGAAGAAAAUGGGCUUUUUAUUUUGCAGUUUAUAUCAAUGCCGGAUGACCGCUAUGAUGACUACAGGCGAGGUACAGGCUUCAUAAAGGAAUAUAUAUUUCCUGGUGGAUGUCUACCUUCGUUAGGUAGGGUAAUAUCAGCCAUGGCCGCUUCUUCUAGACUCUGUGUGGAGCACUUGGAAAACAUUGGCAUAUUUAUGACUGCUACAGUUCUUUAUAAAAUGCAAUUUCUCUUUUGUAUUUAUAGUGAAAUACUCGCUCUUGGAUUCAAUGAAAAUUUCAUUCGGACCUGGGAAUAUUAUUUUGAUUACUGUGCUGCUGGUUUCAAGUCACAUAUAGUUGGAGAUUACCAGAUUGUGUUUUCACGUCCUGGUAAUGCUCUCACAUAUAACAAUCCAUACAAGGGCUUCCCUUCAGCAUAUCAGUGAUCGAAUCUUCACUAUGAGCUGCCGGACGACUGAGACUCAAAUCAAAUGAGGCUUCAUUUAAGUGUGUGUUUGUAAAUCUCCAUUUGAUAAACAUACUAUAGAUUGCUUGUUCGGCUGAACCC